CGUUUUUCGAAGAAAAGCAAGAAUUGAAUCCGGUACGGCGACUUUUCUCGCCUUUACGAUGCGUCCAAGCGAAAUUGCCAUGCCGGUGGCAUGGUGGGCGAGGAAGAGCUCGCGGGGAUCUCAGGAUCGACCAGUGUGAUCCGGGAUCGACAUAUCCCGUCGCAUCAGUGGUGAACGCCUUGUCCUUCGAAGAUUCCUCAGGUUCCUGGUUCGAAAAUAUCCCGCGCGGCCCGCGCCGCGUAUAUAAGUCAAAACCAGAUCGCGAGCAAGGUGCACAGCCCGGACAGUCCUUCAGCCAGCAAGGAGGUCGGCAAAAGCACAUCGAGCACGAUGCAGGCACUGAUUCCCGUUUUCGCGAUCCUCGCCGUGGCGGCGGGCGCGCGGCUGACCCUGCUGCCCCGCGCUUAUCUUUCGGAUCCGCUUCCGGUGUACCAUCAGUCGCAGGAUACGCGCACCGGGGUGCACGCGUACAGCUACGCCGGCGGCCCAUCCGCCAAGGAGGAAGUCCGCGGUCUCGACGGGGUCACGCGCGGCUCCUAUAGCUACGUGGACGCGCACGGCAUCCUGCAAUCCGUCUUCUACGUCGCGGACGAGGGCGGUUUUCGCGUCGCGGCGACGAAUCUGCCGACCGACAACGAUUUGCAGCUCGAGAACAGCGAGAUCCUCUUAGCCAGGAACGCCCAAGCCCAAAACUUUGCCAAGUACUUAAGAACCGUCGUACCGAAAAUAUCGAAGGCGGAAGAGUUCACGACGAGCCGCAGAAAGCGCAGCCUCGAGGCGCCGAUCAAUCAAGAUCGUCGUCAGGCAGAAAAUCCGAGUUCCCAGGCAGAUCAAGCCGAUGGCGCGGCGAACGCCUCGCCGAAGAAUUCCCACGAGCUUCCAGCGCAGGAGAAAAAGGCCGAGGGUCGAGCCAUCCUCGUGCCACCCGCUUAUGGACUCCUAGACGCGGUUUUGAUCCCGCGAUUGAGCGGCGCGGCGACUUCCCAUCAAAGCCGCGUCGACGUUCACAAUAACGUCCGCUUGAAGGCCGCUCAACCCGUCGAGACGAUCGGAGUCCUGUCCGAGCCCGCGUACAAGAUCCUGCCAAGUCAGGUACCGCUGGCGACUUCCCAUCAGAGCCGCGUCCAGGUGCACAACAAUCUCCGCAUCGAAGUGCCGGAAAAGCACGAGAACGUAGAAACGGUCGAGAUCUUACAACCGCAGACGGCCGCUGUCGAGCUGCAGUCGGUUCCGCUCAACGCUGCUCUCUCCGAUUACCACGAAAAGCGGAUCCAGCUUCACAAAAGUAUCGGACUGGAGGGCGCGAAUCCCAAGAACACCAUAAAGAUCGACGCUCCGCAGGUGCCGCUCGAAACACCGAUCACUGAGGUGCAUACGAUUCCGGUUCUCGCCAAAGAAACUCUUCCGGUUCCCGCUAACGAUGCACUUCCGGUUCUUGCCAAGGAACCGCUUCCGAUUCUCACCGAGGAAACGAUUGUCGCCAAGGAUGCACUUCCGGUUGUCGUCAAGGAACCGCUUCCGGUUCUCGCCAGGGAACCACUUCCUGUUCUCACCAAGGAAACGGGUCCGCUUGUCGUCCAGGGAGUGAUCGUCUCCAGAGAAGUACUACUUCCGGUCGUCACUGCCGCCUCCAGCCAAAGCAAGACUCAAAUCCAUCACAACACCAAGCUCGAACCACUAAUAUAUCCGAUCGUGACCGAACCGAUCAUGUACUCCGUGAUGGCUCCCACUAAACAGAUGGUCCAAUCGCAGCCGAUCUUGACGGCACCUAUUGCUCAAUUUUUUCAAAAUUGCAGUCAGAUAUACUCGAGCGAGAAGCUCUACCGCUGACCGCAUAAGAAUUCGGUCGCUCUGUUUUGCUUGUAUCGCGAAGACUUUUUUCAGACGUUCAUAUAUUUAUUCUUACAACAUUUUCGAAUGACUUUGGUUGAUUCGAUCCUUUA